UGAAGUCGGAAGAACUCUGGUUCACGUGCGUGAAGGGAGAAAAAUGUCAGUUUCUUUGCUGAGGAAGGGUUUAGAGUUGCUGGAGGCACCAACAGUGUCCGCCUCCCGGCCCAGAAAAGCAGCGACCACCACCCGGUCCAAGAAACAGUUGCCAAUAAGGAAGAAAAAAAAGAUUUUCUCAGGAUGCAAAAGAGAGACAACUACAGUUAAAGGCAAAGUCACUAAGUCAGUUUUAGAGGAGUAUCAGAAACGCCAGGCUCAGGCUGUUGACCAUUUUCAGAAGAACAUGCAGUACAUGAUGAAUAGUCAAUUUACUGCAGACAGUGCCAUCACUCAGAAGGUUCUGGCCCAAAAUAGAGGCAGGAAAUCUAGAGAUAUCCCACAGGAGGAAGCAACGAAGAAGCCUGAGGGCACAGUCUUCACUGAGGAAGAUUUUCAGAAAUUUGAGAAGGAAUAUUUUGCAGGAGCUGGAGCAGGCAGCCCAAACUAACUUGUGUCUCAUUGCUAUAGAGAGAUGGUCAAAGAUCAGCGUGCCUUGUUUCCAUAACAGGUUUGGAAGCCACAUUUCCUUCAGCAUCUCUCCUUGUGACUUGAUUAGUCCUGGUGUCAUAUUCUGUUCUUGUGCUAGAGACCUGAUCACCCAGAAAACCUGUUUACGGCUGUAACAAUGCUUCUUCCUCUGUGUGAAAGAGUUCCUGACUUUAACCAGAUGAAGUCGCUUUUUCCACCAUUUACAGGCCGAUGGUGGUAACAGUGCAGUUCUAUGCAGAGUUACUCCAGUUCCAUUGCAAUCCGUGGGCUUAGACUGUAACAACUCUGCAUAGGAUUGCUGCACAUUUCUGUAGGGAAGAGAGAGGUGAAUUGAACUGAAAACUAAAAUGAACUGAACUUUAUGGUACUAGAACAUAAUUGAUGUGGGGACUGGUGUUCGUUUGUAUCUACUUGUUGAAAUUGUCAUCCUUUUUAAAAUAUGCCAAACACUAGCUACUUGAGGAAAUAGGAAUACUGUCUUUUAUAAAACCAUUAGGGAAAUCCAUGUGUGUGAUUUUUUAAAAAAAUGUUGUACACUCUCCCUCCAAAUUAUCUUAUUGCUAAAAGCUGUGUUAUCUGGCAUUUUUUAUCAAGACAACUCAGUCAAUUGGCAUCUGUUAUGGCUAGUAAUAUGUCUGGGGGCAGAGGGAGGAAAAGCUGCUGCCUAAGCGGCUCAUUGCUACCAGCAUACUCUCUUUCUCGGCACUGAAGCUCCCAGCAAGGGCAGGUGACAAGCCACUGCUUGCAGUAAUACAACAAGAGCCAAAAGGGAAGCCCCCGGGGCAAGGAAGCAUACAACAAAAACCGGAGGACGCCACAGCAAUGAACAAUAAUUAUAUAAUAAUUUAUAAUAAAGUGCAAAAGUGCAAUAGUGUAUAAACAAGGUACAAAAAUUCUGGUGAUAUAAUAAAUACAAUACAGCGGUC